AUGCCUACGUUUCUGAACCCCUUCCAGAAACAUGAUGUUUCGGACUUUCCGGACACCUAUGUCCCCCUCUCUCAAGCUCAGCGGCACCCUUCGGUCGUCGACGCCUACGGUAACAACUUGGCGGGACUUGCACCUGGCACAGAUGGCGACAAGGAUUACGGAAAGGACAUCAAAGGCGAUGACAGCCCAACUAAGUCAGGCAGCUUCAAGAAUGCUGCCGAGGGUGGUGUCGACGAGCUCACUCUAGAUGCGCUGCGGGCUGAGAUCGAUGCUGAUGUUUCGGCCUACGGCCAUGACUCCGCGUACGACCGCAAAGCAAAAGUAAUUAACAAGGCCUUGAUGGACAUCGGUAUGGGUUCCUACCAGUGGCAGCUUUUCGUUCUUUGCGGUUUUGGCUGGCUGGCAGACAAUCUCUGGCUCCAGACUGUGGCCUUAACUCUGCCAUCCUUGACCUCGGAGUUUGGUCCCAGUGAGACCCAUGUCAGAUACACCACCUGUGCCACCUUCAUCGGCCUGUGCAUCGGAGCGUCUUUCUGGGGGGUGGCUUCGGACGUCAUUGGGCGACGUCUCGCUUUCAAUGCGACCCUCUUCAUUGCUGGUAUCUUUGGUCUAUCAAUUGGAGGUGGACCCAAUUGGAUUGGAACAUGUGGUCUGUAUGCUGCUUUGGGCGUUGGAAUCGGCGGCAACCUUCCCGUUGAUGGCGCCCUUUUCUUGGAAUUCAUCCCAGCCGCAUCGCAAGGUCUCUUGACCCUUCUCUCAGUCUGGUGGCCUGUCGGACAAUUGCUGACAUCGCUUUUCGCUUGGGGCUUUCUUGUCAAGUAUAAAUGCGAUUCGGAGCUAAAGGCUUGCAGUCUGGUUGGUCCCGGUGAAGCAUGUUGCCACAAGAAUAUGAAUUGGGGCUGGCGUUACCUCAACAUUACCUGCGGCGCCCUCACCUUUCUGAUGUUUUCUGCCCGCUUCUUCUUCUUCCAUUUGUUUGAAUCGCCAAAAUUCUUGCUUUCCCGUGGACGCCAGUCAGAAGCAGUCGCUACCGUGCAUGGCAUCGCCUGGAAGAAUGGGAAGAAGACAUGGAUAUCUGAGGAAGUAUUAAACGCCAUUGGAGGUGAUCCAGAAGUUGUGAGCGGCCAAAAGCUUUCUUUCACCGAGACUAUCAGUCGAUUCUUCAGCAAAUUCUCCACCCAAAGGAUCGGUCCACUUUUCGCCAACAAGAAGCUCGGCAUCACUACGGGGCUUAUUUGGUUCUGUUGGACAACAAUCGGCAUGGGCUAUCCAUUGUUCAAUGCCUUCUUGCCACAGUACUUGGCACAAUCAGGCAAUAAUGGGCCACAGUCGAACGAUAUUGUCUACCGCAACUACGCUAUUACGUCGAUUGUAGGUGUACCAGGGAGUAUUAUCGCCUAUUUCACCGUGGACAUCAAGUAUAUCGGGCGCAAAGGCACAAUUGCUAGCUCAACGCUGAUUACCGGAAUUUUCGUAUUUCUUUUCACGGCAAGCACUGAUUCGAAUUUUCAGCUUGCUUUUACCUGCCUCGAGGCCUUUUUCCAGAAUAUCAUGUACGGCGUGCUCUACGCGUACACUCCUGAAGUCUUCCCUGCUCCCAACCGUGGGACAGCUGUCAAUGCUGGUGAGGCGAAUCCAAAGGCGCCUAUCUAUGCUUCUGGAGGCUUGUUCAUAGCUGCAUUCAUUGCUAUGUGCUGCUUUCCUAUCGAAACACGGGUUCUCUCAGCGCGAUCCAUCAUAGCAUUGAACGCGGUCUCAAAGCGGUUCUACGAUAUAACCUCCGACAACGAGCUUUGGAGGCAUCGCUGCUUCAACGAGUCGCCCUCCCAGUAUGCUCGACCAUACGGUCUUUCUCGCUCUCGAUCCGUUCGAAAACAGCUACAGGAACGGACAGCACUGAAUUUGGAAAGAGCGUUGACAGGAUCCAGUGGCCGUACCCUCGUACAAGGCAAUGCCAGAAGUCGCAGUCUGGGAAGAUCUGCCGGAGGCGCUGAAGAAUCCAUUUCGCCUGAAAACAGACGUUUCGCAAGCCAAAUAAAUGGCGAUCGUAACAUUGCCAGCUGGGAUCCUACGGUGCCGGGGGAGAAAGUAGACUGGUAUCAGGAGUACAUUGCAAGACACGCUCCUUUGGCUCUAGACUGGUUACCCCCUCCCCAGCCAAGACAGGGAUUAGAGACUAGAGGCCUUGAAGCCAAAGGUGUUGGCAUUCUCAACAAUGAGAAAGUCCUAGCGCCCCUAGAGGACGGCAGCAUAUGUAUCUGGGAUAUCGGAGACUCUUUCACAAGCAUCACGGCGCGUAGUUCACCGGGUAUACUGACAAAACCAUCACUUGGGUCUCUGAGAAGGCCCCAGCUGUCAUCCUCCCCUGCAUCGAAUUCAGCAGUGACCGAGAUUGGGAGCGUUGAAUGCGUCUCCGUCGACUCUUCCCUCGGUAGGGCUUACAUGGCUAUAGAAGAUCAACUCCAUGAAGUCGAUCUCAAUACCCUUCAGAUGGUCACGAGUCAUCACUAUCCCCAACAUAUCACUGCUCUUUCCGAGGGGUCACACCCUGCACCUUUGACUGUGGGUACAACGCAAUCUUUGCAUAUUCAUGAUCCUCGUAUGGGGCGGAGUAAUGAUAUGCCAGCUACAAAUAUCAGGGAGUACUUAGAAGAUGGCAAGGCGCAGGACUUUCAUCGAAUAUAUACUGGAGACUCUAUCCACGCCAGCCUUGAACCAUUACCGUUGUCGAUCCUCCAUAAUGGUACCAACAUGAUCCAUGUUGCUGGUCGCUUUCCUAGUAUACUGAAUUAUGACCGUCGACACUUUCCUCAGAUAUCAUCGACCGUGCACACAGGUGCAAGACUCAGCUGCAUAGCUCACGUUCCAUCUGACACUCCCAGCACGAGUACUCUGGCAGCAGCAGGCGAAUACGGUACUAAGGGCUCCUUAGAACUUUACCACUUAUCAGAAACAGGGUCCCUAGCUGGGGAACCAACCAGAAAUCGUGCCACCACCUCAAGUAGUAAAUGCCUUUCUCUGGUCGCGCAAGGCACACGGUUGCUCUUUUCAGACUCCGAUGGAUUACUGAAAUGGGUGGAACGAGAUUGCUCAACGCUCGUACGGCGGUGGAAUGUCAAUACCACCUAUUCCAGUACUCUAAAUGAACCUGGCAGACCAUCAACGACAAGUGGCAUAUUCAAUGCCGAAAUUAACGCGGGCGACGUUGCACGCAAAUUGAUCUCAGUCGACGGCCAUGAUGCAAAGGGCGAUAUAGUGAUAUGGACUGGUGAGAGGAUUGGAGUUAUGAGUUACGGGCAGCAGCGAAAAGAUUUAAGUGGUAAGGGGAAGGGCAGGGGCAAGGCGUCACCUGACAUAAGAAAAGAGCCAGCUUCCGAUACUCCCAGCGACGAAGAACGAGACUACUCGACGAUGAUGAGGAGAGCGCUGGAGAAGCAGGCCGACGAGGUAAGAUUUGUCAGAGGUCUAGGACUUGGAAACCGAGCUAUGCAGACGCUGUGCCCCAAGGAUAACGAGCGAAAUGGAGCCAGGCAGAAGGGGCGAGUCGAACCGCAACGUUUAUUCCGCCGACGGCAUCUCAAGGGUUAUAGCCCUUGUCGUUUCGCCUCCCCAGAGUCCUAG